CCCCGAUGCCCCAGGACUCGAGUGCCUCGGGGAGGAUUUUCGAGAUCACCGUCUCAUUUCGUCUUUCUCUCUUUCGUUCUCUUUCUCUUUCUCGUGUGUUCUCCACUCUCGUGUUUUUAUUUUCCGUCUUGGUCGAUUGAUCGCGUUUGUGCUCUCGCGAAGAUCGUGCGAGAGAAUUUCAAGUUAGUGACAUCCGUGCGAUUCGGUCGUGACGCGAUGCCGUCGUUCGCGAAUGUUUGAGCGGCCUCGUGGCCGUCACUUUUUCCGCGACGACGACGGGAGUGAGUGCGCCGGACUGUGUUUUAAUGAGAUGCCGAUCAUAUGGUCGAGAUCGUUUCGCCAAGUUGAGGCCCGCGCGUUUCCCAUACGUCGGACUCGCGUAACGUUACCCGUCGUGGCAGGUGGCGGCUUCACGCAAUUUAUUUCGCGCUUCCCGGAAUGUUAGGGGCGCGUGCGGCACGUCGGAUUCCUCCCGGACGCCGAUGCUGAUACUCUGGACCGAAUUAAACAGGGUAAAAAAUGUCAGAAACUGAGGAAAGUCUGGCAGCCCCAGAUAGCACUACAAAGGAACAGCGGUUAGGCUUUUCCAAUGGGGAUGAUGUACUACAACACAAAGAUGGCAAAUUUUACCUUGGUACAGUUGUCGAGGUGGACUUGGCAAGGGAGAGAUGUCUUGUCAAUUUUAUGGACAACACAUCUUCUUGGUCCUCGUUUAAAGAGUUGACAAAGUUGUCCAUGCCAGACUCAGACGUUAUGUGUGUUCUCUGCAAAAAAUCUCAGCCUAAGACUGACAAUGACAUUGUUGUUUGCAACAAGUGUGGCCGUGGCUACCAUCAACUGUGUCAUCAGCCUCAAAUAUCAAAACAAGAGACAGGCGCAGACACCCAAUGGGUGUGCAAAAGAUGCAUGAACAGCCAGCGCACACGUGACUCUUGUGAGGCAAGAACAAGGGAAACGGUUAAAGAAAGUAUCAGAAAAGUUUGCAGCGGUAGGGACCAACCUCGACCUCACCCACCAGAUAGCAUGGCAAAGCUGCCAUACGAUCCUGAUAUGUUAAGUUGGGACGCGCAUCACAGAGUAAACGCUGAACAAAUUUAUUGUUAUUGCGGGCUUAAUGGGGAAUGGCAUGCACAGAUGUUACAAUGUGCUCGUUGUAAGCAAUGGUUUCACGAAAAAUGCAUCAGAUGUUUGACUCACCCUUUGUACAGUGGGGAUAGGUUUUAUGUAUUCGUUUGUUCAAUGUGCAAUUACGGAAAGGAAUUUGUUCGGCGUCUGGAAAUGAAGUGGGUAGAUCUGGUGCACCUGAUAUUGUACAAUUUGACUGUUUAUCACGCUAAAAAAUAUUACGAUCUGGACACCGUUAUUAUACCGUACGCGAACGACAAUUGGUACUUCUUACAGCUUCCAUCACGGAUUAGAGAUGUUAGUGCUCAAGUGCGUAGAGAAUCAAUACUGGCGAUAUUGACAAACAAUAGAAACCGGUUCAAAUGUGGCAGAGAAAUAAAAAAGCGCACUACAAUAUGGGGCCUCCGCGUCAGACUGCCACCGCCUUGUCCGAUCAUCACUCUUCCAGCAUCCGGCGAAGUAGAUGACUUCGUAUUGCGCAGAUGUUCCGCUGCUAAUAAAAGACUGCAGUAUCUUCCUCCGCAUAUAGGUCCUGUGAGUUUGCCGGAAAGUACAAAACAAUUGAUGGCACUGAAGCAAAGUGUGUCCGAGAAUGUGGAAAUUCCUAUAAGCCCCACAGACUUAGUGAUGCGAGGUACGGUUUAUCAAAAUUCCGAAGCGGAGCGAAGUUCUUGUCCGAGUCCACCCAGUCAAUCGACACAGUCUUUAAGAGAAAGGUAUAGCGGCGGUGGUUUUGUGAAGAAAUCAUUCCCGUUUCCCAAACUGAGUUUGCAAAGAAGACGUCGUUUAAUGGCGUUAGGUAGUUCGCGAGAAAGAAUGCUACGUAAACAUAAGAAAAGGGAAAAAGGAGAGGGGAAAACGCAAGGAGUUCGAGAAGCAAGAUACAGAAAGGCUCGGAAAUUGCUGAAGAACGCGAUCGCUAAGAGCAAGUCACGAACUUCAGAGACAUCCGACUUACCUCCAACGCCCCCGACUUCUGUGUCUGGCCCUCCCACUCCACCAGCCACGACGUCAGGCAUGUCCGAAGUAUCCGUGCCUAGCUCCGUGGAUCUGAUGCAUCCUCUACCACCUUCGACGCCCGCAGACACGAGCGGUGACGAGACCAGCUCGAGGGGAACUCUGGAUUCCUUUAUUCCACCACCCAAAGAUUUCGAAGGGAAGAACAAUCCGUUCAGCGACUUGGUGGGCACUCCUUGCAGCCUGAAUCAAGCGAGCUCGAGCACGCCGUUGCCGUACAACCCGUGUCCCAUCACCUUGCCUCUACCACUGACACCUGUGAUCUCGCAACCGCCGGUAGUGCGUCCGGCAAAGAGGCAGCUAUCGGAGAAAGAUAUUAUCGUCGAUCGAAAUGGACAAGUGAAGCGCAGGAGGCAACAUCGACGGGGACGUCCGUCUCAGCAGCAGUUGCAGCAACAAUUUCAGCCGCACACCGCCAGCAAAACGGCGGCCAUUUUGCCGGCUCGUAAUAACGAAGUUAAAAGUGAAUUUGCCAGGAAUUUACGAAGUUCAUUUAAUGGUGCCUCGAGCAGUGCGAGUAGUCAAAUUGGAAAUUGUGUGGAUUAUGCCUUAAACGGUAGGAGGUUGAGACAGCGACAGAAUAACGAGAAGCUACCUCCGCCCGAUCCGCAACCGCAAAGAAAGAGCAGCUUGCCUUCCCCAGUGAAGCAAAGUGCGCCCGACAUAUCUCUGGAUGACCUCAAGUCAUCGGUGAAUAUUUACUUCGGUGCGGCCAACAGAAUAGCCGCCGGUGAAAAGUUUGUCAUUAAAGCGAAGAGAACAGCGCCGAACGGCCAGGCGCAAUACCUCAUCGAAUGGGAGGGACUCAAUACUUAACGGUAAAUAAUCAGCUUACGACGAAAAAUAUUAUGGAAUCGUAUACAUAUAUUUUAAAUUGAUGUCAAACGAGGGCGGCCGGCGAUCAGAGAGCUGAACCGCGGCAUCUUGUAAUCAAUUCUCGGUGUUUUCUCGGCAAAAUGAUUGCGAUCAAUUGUUUUGCGUUCACAUGCACUGCCACUUGUUACGUACAUUUCAUAAAAAAUGUAUGUAUUUAUCGGCGUAUAUAGAAUACGUGAGUGUUCUUGUAAAUGUGUGUUUUGUAUGACAGUUGAAGUUUUAAUUUGAUGCAUGAAGAGUUUUUUUACGCGCGUCUGCGAAAAUCAUUUUACUUGACGAUUUAUUGAAGCUUAUUUAUUGCAUUGUUUCUAUAGUUUUAUUCACGCUUGAAAGUAAAAUAUUCGAUAUUUAGCACAAUUAUUCUUUUAAAUGUAUGUGUUUUAUCUAUUUUUAACAAUCAAAGAAGUACGUGAAGGUCUGUUUCUUGUUGUCUCACGCAUCUAAUUUAAAACGAGUGUAAUGAAAUACUCGUUCUCUCGAAGGACGUUUACAAGAACAAUCAGCUGUAUCGCUUAUCGAUUGUAAAUAGUGUAGCAUAGUAGAAAAAAAACUUGCGGAAGAGAAUUCGACACGGUGUGAGCCGCGGCGACAAGGAAAUGAUCCGCGUGCUCCUCAUCCGUAAAACAGAAAAAUUGGCCAAUCGUCCCUGACAGAGAUGCGACAUCAAAAAAGAAGCACAGUCGUUUUCACUUGAACUAACGUAUUAGUAUUAUCUUAGUGAUAAAUAGUUAAAAAAAAAAAAACAAAAAAACAAAACAGACAUCCUGCAAAGGUUAUUUUUCAAUAUACUUGUAGACAUAGUCUUCGACUUCUGUGACUCCAUUGUCUCGAAUUACAAAUUUACUCUUGUGGACGACAAUCUUACAAUGCAAAAUAAAACCGAGGUCAUCAAAAAUUUAAUUUGUUGCUACGAAUUUACACAAACCAACAAAUUUUUACUAUUACGCACAUUACGCGCGUUCGAAAAAUUAAAAUUGAAUUAUUUAUUAAACAUAAAAAAAAACAAACUAAAAUAUUUGCCGGAUAUUUACUGGACUUCUGUGCUGUGAGUGAGAAUUCAAAAACAUACAAUUAGCGUAUUGUAAUGUUUUCCAAACACAAAAGUCCAAGAGCGAUGUAACUCGAGACGAAUGAAGUUGCAGACUUGGCGUUGCUCAUCAUUGUACAAGAUUAAGAAGAACAGGCACCAUCGGUCGAAAUUAAACGAAAAACAUAAUGUAUACUGGACAUGUAAAGUACUUGGCCAAGUUAUCUGUGCAAAAAAAAAAAAAAAAAAAAAAAAAAAAAAAAAAAAAAAAAAAAACCAAGUAACGUAUAAACGGCGAAUUCGAACUCGUUAUAUCAGGUAUACAGUGUGUGAACUCAUUAUCGUAUAGAUACGCACCGUGCAAAGACGAUUUUACGCAUUAAGCGGGUGGAAGACGAAUCGCAGUUGUACAUAAAAACAAAAAAAAACAAAAAAAAACAAAAAACAAAAUCGGAAACAAUCACAGUUUAGGAAAAGAGAUGGCAAUCCGUGAAAUGUAACCAGUGUGUCACAGAUCAUCUUAGUUUUUGAUACAGAUUAUUUUGUACUCUGAAAAUACUGCGCCGGGAUUAUUCUGUAAUAAGAAAAAUACUUUACCUUAGAUCCCACAGAAUCUAUUUGGUCAUAACUUAAUCAGACGAUAUUUAAAAGCGAACUUGUAAGCGAUAUGAUAAUAUACAGUUGUGUAUUGCCGUCAUUAGAGUUCCCAAAUCAAAAGAGCUUAUUAGAAGGGCUAAAAGAAAAAGUAAUUGUUUUUUUUCGCCUGCGACAAAUUAUUAUCAACGACAAUUAGCUUUCGCGACGAAAGAUUUGGUUUACAUUCUGUAAAUAAACAUACGUUGAGACUUGUUACGACGCAUCACUGACGGGAAACUGAGCAUAAUUUAUAUAUUAUUCCAUUCUUCCUGUCGCUCGAUUUUUAUAUAUUGAAACAAUCUGUCGAAAAGAGAGAUUUUACUCGCAAAAAAAAAAAUUUUAUCGCAUUUAUACUUCGAUUUAAUUCUGUGAUCGAGAAUUAAAAACAAGAAACAAGUUUUAACAAAGUUUUUUACCAAAUAAUAUCUGCUAAAUUAUCUGCUCAAAUAAUUUUCAAGUUUCCCACUGACUUAACAAUGACAAAUCUACAAAACGACUUGAUGUUUGAAAGACAUUAACAAAACUGAGAAGAUUCAGUUUUAUUGCUAUUUAUUGAAAAAUGUUAAAGUUGCAACAACACACAUUUGUGUUUGCUUUUCUUAGUUUCUUUGUUUUUAUUCGAAAAGAGGCUUGAACAAUUUAAGGCCACUGUGGUAUGAGACGCGAGAUUUUUUGUGAAUUGUCGUUUUUAUUUUAUCGUAAGAUCUCUUUCCAAAGUGUCAAAAAAAAGCUCGUAUCUUCCUUUCGCGCAAAACUUCGGCGAGUAAUUUACAAAUUUAUACAAUUAAGUGUCUUACAAAUUAUUUUGUCUAUUUCGAUUACUCAAAUUUUAUUUUGUAUAAAUUACUUCCUCGAAAAUCUUUGUAAUAUAUAACAUGUACGUAUAGUUCGUUUGUUUCGAUAUAUUAUUAAAAAAAAGUCUACGUAAAUUAUAUACACACGUUGUUCACACACGAAUGUAACGAUGGUAGAAACAUUUUGCUCGUUUUUUUUUUUUUUUUUGUUUUUGUUUUUUUUCGAUUUAUAUGUACCACAAAAAAGCACAAUCUCUAUCUUUUUCUCCCUAACGUAGAUAAAAAUAUUCGACGAAAGCAAGUAAAAACAAAAAAAAUGGUCACUGCCAAACUUCUAAGUUAUAUUUAAGAAAUGACGUCGGACACACAACGCGUUGUGUGCGCUAUGAUAUAGUAAUGUUUGUAAGUAAGUGAAAUUUCUCAAUCUGUAUUUAUCGUCACACACAAACACACACACAUUCAUUAUUCCAUACGCGAAUGCUUAACGAAGCGGCUGUCGUGAGUGCAUGAUUUCGCGAAGACACGUGCUGAUUUGCGACGAAAAUUUCAUAACAUGUGCAUGUACGCGCGGAAUAUCCGAAAUUUAAACACGAAGUUUUUUGACUGUGAUCGACAAACGAAAAUGGCACGGGAGAAAUAAAAGUCUCGCAAUUACUUUUAACGCACUAUUCAGAACUUUCUAAUUAAACGACAAUACUCCGGCGUGUGAAAAAUGAAAAAUACAUAGAAUGAAAAAUGAAAAAUACCAUAGAACGUAAAAAAUUCUUAAGAUUUAUAUUUUCCAAUUUUAUGCAACAAAUUGUAAAACUUGUGCUUGAGAAUUUUGUAUUGUCGUGCGAUUAAAAAUUUCGCGAAUGCGUAGAUAGAUAGAAAUUUGUUUUCGUUUUAAAAUACGCAUUUUAAAGGAAAAUUAUUUAUUUGAAGUCAAGUUUCAAAAAAUUAUACUUAGUUUUCUUUUUAAAAUCAAUAUUUUAAAAGAACGCAUUCUGUCAAAAUGUGAAGUGUACGCGGAAUUUUAUGUUCUUCUCUGCCAUCUCCGGUUGAACACAUUAAAAAUGUGAGACUGUUCCGCGUCGACGAUUUGUUGCCUUGUUUGUUUUCGCUUUUCUCACAUAACAAUCGUUUAAAUUGUAAAAUACGUUACGAACGCUUUGAAAUUUUUCUUUUUUUGAUAAAAAUCAGAAGAUCAACCGCAUUCCAUUGGGGUCUCGCGUGACAAUCGCAAAGUUCAGAAGAGUCACGAUCGUAACGUCGCGGAUAAAUUCGUGUUGAUUCGCGCGAAUUUUAAUCGCCGGCGAUAACAGUCGCUCAUUCUGCAGAGAGUCAAUGUCUGAUUGAAAAAAAAAAUAAUAAUAAUAAAAUAAAUAAAUCGCGAUAAAGAGAGAUUUACAAUUGAUCGCGCACGUUGCGAAUCGGCAUGUCCGAGCGUUCUGUCCAAAAUGGAACGUGUGCGCGACGAGCGAGAUCGUUAAUGCGGGGCGAAAAUUGUAACUGCCAGUAACGCGAGUGUAUAAAUUAAAUCAUUAAAUGUGUGAAACUUGACAAGUAUAAAGUUUCGUACUUGAUGAUUUAAUAUUAUAACUCCCACUCACACAUACACACAUAUACAAACAUUUCUCUCGUCCAUCUCCUUUUUUUAACGUAUAAAAUACCCUACAAAUACACAUCAGAGAGUGAGAGAGAGAGAGAGAGAGAAAGAGAGAGAGAGAGAGAGAGAAAGAGAGAGAGAGAGAGAGCUUAAUUAUGUCUUUAUGUGCCGUUCGUAUGGUGAUUACAGAGCGUGCGAUACAGGCUCGAAAAAAAAAAAAAA